AUGACAAAACUCCCAUCAACUAGAAUAAGAAGGACUAAAUCCUUGAUUACAACUUCUUGUAAUGCCACGUAUGCCAAAACACAUCUAAUUUAUGCCAUCAUGUUGGUGCCUGCCUAUAUUUCUGAUAUGGGAGAUGAAAACUAGAGAGCCACAGGAUACUUCGACAGACCCUGGCAGUGGGAGAAGAUCAAAUCAAACUGCCCUCAGACUUUAGUGCAGUUUGGAUCCACGGACAGUUCUUUCCUUCCCUGGAAAGGACAGCAAGAAGCGGUUGACAGAGUUGGAAUAUCAGAUUCCACAAACUGA